AUGGCAGAGAAAUCAAACAAACAUGGUUGGAAAGCGCUAAACCCGAACACACCAGAACCGGAUCCCAACAAACGUGAAUGGGCGGCUGUUCGUCGUCGAUACGAGUGGAAUGAAUCUUACGAUGAGGGUAUUGCCCCGAAGGAUGAGGAACUCGAACACGAGUUGUUUGGCGAAGAGAAUCAUGUGCUUACGGGUCAUAAUUUUUCAAAGUACGAGGAUAUUAAGGUCACUGUGAAAGGAAGUGAUAUUAAACCGGUGGAAUCUUUUGAUGAGGCUAAUCUUCACCCUCAAAUGAAAGAAAAUGUGGCACUAGCUAGAUAUGAAAAACCUACGCCUGUCCAGAAAUGGUCAAUUCCUAUAAUCACCGAAGGCCAUGACUUAAUGGCAUGCGCCCAAACAGGAUCCGGCAAAACUGCCGCUUUCCUAGUUCCAAUAUUAUCAAGAUUAUUCGGAAAAGCGAAAAAAUUAACUGCGCCACGUCCACCACCUGGUAGAACUCGCGGCUACAAAGCACAACCGCUAGUCUUAAUUCUAGCUCCAACUCGUGAACUAGCAACACAGAUUUUUGACGAGUGCCGUCGAUUCACGUACAGAAGCAUGCUGCGACCCUGUGUUGUUUAUGGAGGUGCAGACUCUGGCCCACAGAAAGUAGAGUUGUUUAAGGGCUGUGAUAUUUUGACUGCUACUCCUGGGCGUUUAUGUGAUUUCUUGGAUAGAGGAAUUAUUAGCUUGGCUAGAAUAAGAUAUCUGGUAAUUGACGAAGCGGAUCGCAUGUUGGAUAUGGGUUUCGAAGAUGACAUGCGAAGAAUAGUCGCAAAAUCAGAUAUGGAAGACGCCUCUCGUCAAACUUUAAUGUUCUCUGCCACUUUUCCGCAACGAAUCCGGAAGCUUGCAAAAGAUUUCUUACAGGAGAAACACUUGUUCUUGACCGUCGGUCGUGUUGGAGGGACGACAAGUGACAUCACUCAAAAGAUUAUAUUUUGCGAGGAUUCGGAAAAACGAAACACACUCGUUCAGUUAUUGUUGACACAGCCACCAUCUCGUACAUUAAUAUUUGUCGAGACCAAACGAGGAGCAGACUCACUUGAUGCUUUCCUCUAUCAGCAGCAUUUCCCUACGACUUCUAUUCAUGGAGAUCGUACCCAACGCGAAAGAGAAGAUGCGUUGCUUGCUUUCAAAAAUGGACGAUCUCCUAUUCUUAUAGCAACGGCAGUCGCGGCUCGUGGUUUGGACAUUAAAAAUGUCAUGCACGUUAUCAAUUAUGAUCUAUGUAGUGAGAUUGAUGAAUACGUGCACCGUAUUGGACGAACGGCUCGUGUUGGUAACCAAGGCCUGGCGACAACCUUCUACAAUCACGCCAACGAGUCCAUUGCAAAGGAUCUGGUUAGACUGCUUUUGGAAUGCGAACAAGAAGUUCCGGAUUUUCUGCAACAAUAUACUGCCGAUAUAAAUCUUAAUGACGAUGAUGAUGACGAUACAUAUAAUGACAACACAUCAUACUCAAAUCAUGGACAACAAACAACAACGUCCUGGGAUAAUAACAAUACUACACAAUCCCAAGGUUCAUGGAAUGUACCAGCUAGCAAUACGCCAACUAAUAAUGGCAGUAGUCAAUUCAAAAGUUGGGAAACUACGAAUAAUGGUAACAAUUACGGUGGUCAAUCACAGAAUUCAUGGGGUUCACCACAACCACCAGCAAAUCAAGCACAAGAUUCGUGGGGCAGUGCUCCCUCUUCUCAUAAUACUUAUCCUGCUUCCGGACAGAAUUGGUCAUCAUCCCCCCAACCACCAAACAACAAUAAUACAUAUCAACAAAACUAUCAACAGCCAUCAGCAAUUCCACCACCAGCGAAUCAAGCGCAAGAUUCGUGGGCUGGUGGUCCUCCCCCUUCUAAUAAUAACUUCUCAAUGCCCGGACAAACCUGGUCAUCAUCCCCACAACAACCAAACAACAAUAGUAAUAAUAACACAUAUCAACCAAAUUAUCCACAAACACAAGCUCCGGCUUCAUAUCAACAACCACCACAAUCAGCAGCUCCCUAUCAGCAAUCACAACCCCCGUAUCAAUCACAACCACCGCCACAAACAAAUUCCUAUCAACAAACGCCACCUCCCUAUCAACAACCAUCACCACAAGGAGGAGCGGGACCAUAUAUGACACCACAAGCAACGCCACAAUAUCCACCUAAUCCACAAUUGCAGUAUUCACCCCAACCAACAUUACCCACACAACAAUCACAACAAUCUGGAUGGGGUGCUCCCCCAGCGGUUCAAAACGGAAACGGCUGGCAAUGA